AUGCGUGCUCACGAAGGUUUAAAAGAGCCCAUUGAAAGUUGGGACACGAUUUUGGUAGUUAUAGUUAGAGACAAAUUAUUUCCUUCUAUUCGAGAAAAAUGGGAAGAUAUCACUAGCGAAUCUAUGAAGCCCACUAUGAAGGAAAUGAUUACUUUUUUGCAGCGUCGCGCUCAAUUCGAAGAUGCUUCGGGUUUUCAAUCGGGUAACAAACAAUCAAAUUCGUCGGCCAAAAAUUUCUCAUCACGCGUUCGUCCUAAUAAUCUUUCGCAACAAACUUACGCUAUUUCAACCACAAAACAUUUGUGUCCUUGUUGCGCUGAAGAACAAAAUAUUUUUUCUUGUAAAAAAUUCGAAAACCUAUCGCCAUAUAAGAGAUACGAAGUCGCGAAAAAGGCUUCUCUUUGUUUGAAUUGUUUGCGGAAGAAUCAUCAUAUUGAUCAAUGUCCGUCCAAGCAAUGCCAUAUUUGUAAUAAAAAACAUCAUACACUCUUGCAUUUUCCCAAUCAAAAGCCAAAUAAUAGAUCGACCAAGGCAUCUGGUGGAAAUCAAUCUACAGUUUCCAAUCCUAGUUCUGAGUCCAGUUGUUAUCAAGCACAGAUUUCUUUCGAAGCCCUGUUAGCCACUGCCAUCGUUGACCUAGUUAACAAGCAAGGAAAAUCAAAAAAUUGUCGAGUGUUUUUAGAUGCUGGCUCUCAGGCUCAUUUUAUCACUGAGGAAGCAGCUGAAUUUUUACAAUUGGUUAGAGAAUCUGUCGAUAUUUCUGUAACAGGUCUUCAUGACAGUUCUACAAAAAUAAUUCACGCCGUCACAGCAAAUAUAAAAUCGUUAUUUAAUAAAUUUGAAAAAUCGAUAGAACUUCUCGUCGUUCCUAGUAUCUCGAAAGCAAUGCCCUCGACCCCUAUAAAUCUGGCACUUUUAGAAAUCCCAAAAAACAUUUCCUUGGAUGAUCCAGAUUUUCAUAGGCCAUCCAGUGUCGAUCUUCUCAUUGGUGUCAAGCUUUUUUAUAAGCUUUUGUGUGUUGGCCAAAUAGCAUUAAAAAAUCAUCCCGGCGCAAUUCUUCAAAAAACGCAGCUCGGUUGGAUUAUCGCUGGAGAGAUAAAUAGAUUCCCUCCGUCGGAUAGAAAUAUUCAAUGCCACUUUUCGGUUUUCGCAAAUUCUUCAGAUACUAAUCUCACUAGAUUCUGGGAAAUAGAAGAAAUUUCAGCUCCAAAAGCACUUUCCUCUGAAGAAACGGCAUGCGAAGUUCAUUUCAAAUAUAAUACCCAAAGAACUCCCGAGGUCGAGAAUGCCCCAGAAGUUGCAUUUUAUCUUCCGCAUCACGCUGUAGUGAAGGAAGAUAGCCUAACAACAAAAAUUCGCGUAGUCUUCGAUGGUUCCGCGAAAACAUCGUCUGGCGUAUCCCUUAAUGAUACUUUGAUGGUUGGUUCCAAGAUUCAGGAUGAUCUUUUUGAUUUGCUUAGUCGUUUUCGAUCGCACCUUUUCGUUCUCACUGCUGAUAUUGAAAAAAUGUACAGCCAGGUUUUGGUUCAUCCUGAUGACACUAUUUUUCAAAAAAUCUUGUUUCGUUCCACUGUUCAAGAACCUAUCAAGGAAUAUACUCUUGAUACGGUCACUUACGGUACUGCCUGCGCAUCCUUCCUCGCUAUUCGUGCGCUACAUCAAUUGGCUGACGAUGAAGGUACUCGGCGUCCAAUCGCAGCAGCAAUAGUAAAAAGAGAUUUUUAUGUAGACGAUCUCUUAACUGGGGCAAACACGCACCAGGAAGCUGCAUUUCUUCGAGAUGAUCUUCUCAAGCUCUUGAAAAAUGGUGGGUUCAAUCUUCGAAAAUGGGCCUCAAAUGACCCAAAUCUAGUUUCGGAAUACCCAGAAAAUCCAGAUAGCACUCAUAUGUCCCUCGAUCCUGGCGCAGCCGUCAAAACUCUCGGUAUUCAAUGGAGCUCCCGAGAAGACACACUUUUUUAUUCUCUCAAAACAUCAGACUCCAGUAAAAAAGCAGGAGUGGAUUGGGAUGAAUCUAUCCCUUCUCAUAUUUAUACUUCGUGGCUAGAAUACAAGAAUCAAUUGCCUCUUUUAAGCAAUCUCAAGUUUGACCGGCAUAUAACCGUGCCUCAAGCUGUCGAAAUACAAAUGCAUGGUUACUGCGAUGCAAGUGAACAAGCUUACGGUGCUUUCAUUUAUUUGCGUUCAAUUGAUGCUCAGGGUAAUAUAUACAUCCAAUUAGUUUGCUCAAAAUCGAGAGUUGCUCCAGUAACUCCCUUGACUUUACCACGAUUAGAAUUGUGUUCGGCUGUUCUUCUCGCUCGUCUGUAUGCAGCAACUCGGCAAGCGCUCGAUAUUGAUAUUAGUAAAGUCAAUUUAUGGUCGGAUUCAACCAUAGCUCUUCACUGGUCGAAUAUAGAACCACAUUUAUUGAAAACGUUUGUUUCGAAUAGAGUAGCUAAAAUUCAAAAGCUCACACAAUCGUGCCACUGGAGGCACGUGUCAUCCCAAAACAAUCCUGCUGAUCUCGUUUCUCGCGGUCAAACAGCGCGAGAAUUUAUUGAUUCUACUAUUCUAGGAAAAAUGGUCCCUCUUGGCUAUCUCAUGAUGAACAAUUCUGGCCCCAGAAAAAAGAUUUUCUGA